AGCCAUUUUUGGCUCAGGCCCCCUUUGGCUCCAGAAAGCGCUUGCAGUGCUCGAGCGUCUCACAGCAACCGGCCGCCUGCAAACGCGAGCCUGCUGGCCAGCAGAUGCGGAAGACUGAGACGGCGUCAGCUGUCAGGGCCGGCAAUGCUGGAGUAACAGUUGUGGGCCGUUCCGCCCAGCACGGCAUGGCACCCGCAGUUCUGUUAGGAGGACGUUUCUACACGACUGGGAAGCGGUACGCGUACGCCGACUUCGGUGGCGGCCGCAUCAGCGGCGAGAAGAUGCUGACGACGGCUUUGCGCGAGUUCGCGGAGGAGCUGUUUGCCCAAGAAGAGGAGGAGGCCAUUGCCUCGGCAAAUGCGGUCGGGCCAACGGUUGAGGACUACUUGGUGUGUGGGCGGCCUUUUGUACACAACGGUUACGCCAUGUUCGUCGUCCCUGCGGAGGCGAUUGUCGCUGCUUUCGGGCUGCCUGCGGCCAAUGAGGGAUUCUCUGCAAUCGACGUGCUAGUUUGCUCGGCCCAGCGGAAUGCCGAGCUCACGUCUGUAGCUCUGGUGGGCGUUGAUGAGUUACUACGGGGCGCGUCCAAAGACGGGUGGGUCAGCCCACUGACAGUGAAGAAUUUGGACCAAGGACAGCGUCCCGCGGACCGCAUCGAGCUGCGGGGAUUGAUGGUGGGUGGGGACGGCUCCGUGAAGACAGUCGGCGGGGCCCUGCUCAGCUUCGCGCGCGAGACCUCGGCGCAGCCCAGGCGUGGCCCUGCUGCGGCGUCUGCAGGGGCGAAGGCAAAGCUCCCCGAGACGGUGGCGGCACAGCCCACGCCGCGACGCUGGGGCAGAGCGGCGGGUAGCAACGCGGCGCGGGCUGAAGGCGCGCAGGCAAAGAUCAGGGCUGAGGACCCCCUCAGGCCGAGCGCGCACGGGGCGCACCCGCAGUACAUAGUUGCUGAGGUGCUCUCCGCAAGCCGAACCAAGCGCAGGAAGCAGGGCCCACUGCUCUGUGAGCUUCGGACUGGCGCCAGCACCGUCUUCGCAGUCACGCGCUACGAGAACGUGGAGGCCGGGAUGCUGAUCAUCCUGGCGCCCGAGGGCUCUGAGGUGAAUGGCAAGGAGGUGGAGAAGGCGAAGGCGAGGGUGGCUGGCGCGUGGACCUCCGCCAUCAUCUGCGGGCCCGUGGAGAUGUGCUGGCCCGGCGAUGCCUCGCAAGCGAUCGUCCUGAGCGCCUCGUACACGGCCGGCGACUCGGCCCCAGCCGCGCCGGGGGCAGGCGAGGGGGACGCCGACAUGCCAGAGGACGGCGCGCCCGAGCCGCACCCGCCCGAGAAGGCCAGGCCCAAGCAGGCCGCGCCAGCCCCUGCCGCCCCGGAGCCCGCCGAGCAGGGCCCCGAGGAGGCCAGCGGCGCGGAGCGGGGCGCCAGGCAGGGGAGCAGGCAGGCUCGCCGGAGGGAGCCGUCCGGCAGAGAGGGCAAGGGGGCCGCCGGCGACGCGUACGUGUUCGACAUGGAGACGGGCGACCCCGACGACGUCCUGACGCUCCUCCUCCUCUGCGCGCACCCCGGCGUGGACCUGCGGGCCGUGACGAUCACGCCCGGCACGUGCGAGCAGGUGGCGCUGGUCCGCUGGAUCCUGCAGCGGGUGGGCCUGGCGCACGUCCGCCUCGGGGCGCAGCGGUGGCCAGAGGGCGCCGGGAAGGAGCUGAGGUGCCUCGGGGGGAGCUUCUACGGGAGCUUCGGGCGCGCGCACGCGGGCCCCCCCGAGUGCGAGCGCGCCGACGAGGUGCUACUCGAGUGCUGCGGCGGAGACGUGACGCUUCUCACCGGGGGGCCUCUGCACAACUUGGGGGACGUGCUGCGCCUGCCGGGGUUCCACCUGGGCAGGUGGGUCGCACAGGGGGGCUUCGCGGGGGAGGGCGUGGUCCCAGAGCAGCAGCAGCUCGACAAGUUCAGAGGCCUGCGCGUGUGCUCCACCUGGAACUUCUGCGGCAACAUCCCCGCCGCCCGCGCCGCCCUCGCGUCGACCGCCAUCGGCAAGAAGGUGUGCGUGUCCAAGAACGUGUGCCACGCCACCGUCUACGAUUACGAUUGGCACAGGGCCCUGGAGGCAGCCGCUGCUGCAGAGGCCCACGUCGAUGCGAACUCCAGGCGUGAAAGUGCCCUGCGGAUGAUGCACCGAGUCAUGGACGGUUACCUGCGUCAGAAGCCAGGCGGCAAGAAGCUCCAUGAUCCACUGGCUCUAGCCGUCGCGCUCGACGAAGACGUAUGCGAGCUCGCGGAGGUGCGCCUGUUCUGUGAGAAGGGUCGAUGGGGAUCUUACUUGAGUUCUGGCAGCAACACGUGGAUCAGUGUCGCACACGACGCGGAGAAGUUUCGGCAGACGCUUCUCGGGCGAACGAUGAAGCCGCAAAAGAGUGAGGGAAGAAGCGGCGGGGAAGGAAAGCAGACUCGAGGGCAAGCAGAGCACGGCUCAGGCGAGGAGGUGCAGGGAUCCCGCCGCGUCGGCAUGGGAUCAAUGAGGCAACAGCCGUCCGACCUGGAGGGUGGCAAUCUGGCGCGGUGAGCAGCUACGUGUGGUCUUUCACAGUCCACCUCACCCUGUACAGGAGGGGUGCAGGCGGACUUGUACAGUGAUGCAAGACAGUAAGUUUUGGAUCCAGGCCAUUUGCUAGUAGUCGCUCGCGAGUAGUGGAUCGCGCUCGUCUAUUUCGGACGCCUUGAAAAAUAUCCCUGGC